UGCGCUGUAGACCCCGCGGCCAUUCCGGAAUUCUAUUGAUUCGUACAUUUUGUGUGUGUACGUGUAUAUGUGUCGGCCUAUAUGCGUGCGUCGUAGUGUCGUCGUCUCGCCGCAUCGAGGGGUGUACUUGGUCGGUCUCUUCAUAUUCCGGUGCUUCAUUUGCGAGGCAUCUGUUCGUCGUUUUUUUAUUUCUAUACAAGUGCUUAUCAAUUGUUCUUCGGAAAUUUAGGAAUAUAACCAUUAAAAGAAAAAAUGACACCAGAGGGAUAUACAAGGGUGUACGUGGGAGGUUUAAACGACAAAAUAAAGAAGGAUGAUCUACAGAUGGAAUUUGAGAAAUUUGGCAAGUUGAACAAAGUGUGGAUGGCGUUCAAUCCCCCGGGUUUCGCGUUUAUCGAAUUUUUGAGUAUGGACGAGGCUGAGCUUGCCUGCAAUAACAUGAACGGAACUGAGAUAAUGGGCGCCAAACUAAGAGUUGAAAUAUCUCGUGGACGUGGUCGCGGUGGUGGCCGUGGUAGCUCAGGAAGUUUUCGUGGUAGUCGAGGGUCUGGGAGCCGAGGUUUUUCUUCGAGGGGAAGUUCAUCGGGUGGAAGCAGCGGAGGUUACAGGGGCUCAAACUCAUACAACGAUCAUGGCAGUAGUAGCGGUGGCUACAGUACAGGCAGGGGUGGAAGUAGGGGCAGAGGUCGUUAUGAUGACUCGUAUUCAUCGAGUCGCAGCAGUGGCUAUGUCAGUCGCGACAGUUAUUCGCAAGAUAGCUAUGGGACGAGUGGCGACACUGGCGACGAUUACUACUCCGGCAAGGAUUCAUCAACUGCGAGGUAUCGCAGCCGUUCCCCGGCAGGACGUGGCAGUGUUCGAGAAACGCUUCGUUCAAUGCCUCAGAAAUAUCGCAAACGUGACGUUGAAUCUAGUCAGAAAAACAGUCAUCGUCAUCUUCGUGAAUGCACAUAAAAGAACUACGCUACGUUGCCAAACUGAACUGCGGGCCGAUCAGCCACCCGCCUCGACGACUACAUUCUGUCCAAUCUACGCAGCGACGUGUACAUAUACAAGAAUUAUUCUAACGAUAUAUAUUACGAAAUACUUCCUCUUACAACGUACGAUUUGGUUUUAUAGCUUCAAAUUCCCGCUAAAAAUUUUUUUCUCUAAUGAAGUAAAACAAAAAAAAACAAAAAUAUCGCACCUCCCUUGAGACGAAAAAAAGAACAUCGAAAAAGUGAAAAGAAAAUGAAGAAAGAUAACAAUGAGUGAAAUACCGCGCAGUAAAAUGAACGCAAGGAGAUUGGCAAUCGAAAGACUGACAGUUUUGCGAAUCGCGAAUCUGACCAAGGACAAAAAACAAAAGCAAUUUGCAAUACGAGAUCUAAUAUUGAAUUUCAUAUUUAGACAAAUAGUAAUCGAAUUACUAAAGAAUUUCGGUUUUUCUUUUAAUUACCAAUCGUACGGAUCGUGAUCGAACAUUUAUUCUUCAUAACGAUUAUGAAUUUUUGGCAAUUACCGUCGUGCUAGAAACACCAGAUGCUAUUAUUAUUUUUCUUCUUCCCCGUUUAAAUGUACUCUUCAUUUGAGUCACGACCUUGCGCGAUUCGUUUAUGCUAAACAAUAACAAAACGAACAAAAAUUGUUACAAUAUUGGAGGACAAUAUUUCCCAUAAUUAUCGUAUUUCCUCGUCUUUACGUAUAAAUGAAACAAAAAAAAACAAAGGCUCGGCGUUGCUUACUAUUAAUACUGAUAGUGAUGUUUUUUUAUAUUUAAAAAAAAAAUGAAUAACGAGGCGCAAUAAUGAAGCCGACGAUCAUUCUGCGGGCUGCUGCUUGGCCCAUGAGAACGGAAAAUAAAUUUCAAGCGGAAGUCUGGAAUCACAGUCCGGAUCAAUAAAAAGAGAAUAAUUGAACCGAGAUAGAUGUAUGAUUUUUGGAGAAAAAAAAUGAAAUUAUAUUUCGGACACAUAGAAUGUUAAUUUGAACCCCCAAGCAUCACGGUUCGAUUACCGUUGGAAAAUAUGAAAAUGAAAAUAAUGCACGUGCCGUACACGCAAUUCCAGAGUGUUCGUACAAAAGGCACGUGAAAGAGGAAGACAAAAAACAAACAAAAAUCAAUAAUCAAUGAAACAAUAUUUUAUUUCUGCUGUAAAUGACAUGGAAUUGGAAACAUAUUAAACAAUUUGCGCUCACAAAA